UAAAGUAAAUAAUGUAUAUGGAGAUGGUGAGUUUAAAGCCAAUGUAGCAUUUCCCUACCUUGUGGCAUUCAAUAAUCUUUCUCAAUUUAUGGCAAUGUACUGUUUGGUUUUAUUCUACAAAGCAACAGCAUCUGAACUCAAACCCAUGAAACCACUGCCAAAAUUUCUUUGCAUUAAAGCAGUUGUCUUUUUUUCAUUUUUUCAGGGUGUUUUGAUAGAUGUUUUGGUAUAUUCAAGGACCAUUUUGCCAAAUCCAAAUCAAACUGUUGAUGGCUUAAGUGUUUCAAAAAGAUUACAGAAUUUCCUUAUAUGUAUUGAGAUGUGUAUGGCGGCAGUAGCACACCAUUACAGUUUCUCCUACAAACCCUAUGUUACAUCAGAUUCAUCACCUUCAUGUUGCAGUGCUUUCCUUGCGAUGUGGGACAUUUCAGAUGUACAAAGAGACAUUUCAGAACACAUCAACAUCGUCAGUAGUUCAAUAAGUAGACGGAUUCGAGGACGUAGUACGUACAACUUGGCUAAAGGUAAUGACGAGUAUGCAAAUUUAAUGUCUAAAACGUCGUCUAGUGCUCCGAUCGACUUAGGUCUGUAUCAGAGUGAAGACGACGAACUUUUUCUAAAUUACGGAACUGUACCUUCGAAUAUUUCUUCAAAAAAUUUAGACUCGGUCAAAGAAAGUACUUCUAAAGACCAAGGAUUUAUUCAUUUAUAGUAACUUUAUGAUAACAACAGUAAGCGUAAUUGAAAACCAAAGAUGUUUCGUAUCGAUUAUUAUUGAUCAGUAAAAGAAAGUUUAAGCAAUCCAGGAAAGGUAUUUGUAAAGCGCAGUUAUUUUAAUACAAACAUUGCAUCUGGGACCAUAAUAAAUUUUAGAAAUUUACUACAUAUAAAAAAGCAAUCAGAUGCAAUUUGUUAAUUUUUUUUAUUGUAUUAGUUCUUAUAGUAAACAAUACUACUUUUAAUUUUUUUAAUUAUGGUUUUUUAAAACAAAUGAAUCACUGGUAAUUUAUUUUGCUUAAGACUUUGUUAUACAGUGUGUAUUUACUAUUACCUAAGAUGAUAUACAAGUAUCUUGCCUGGAA